GGACCCUCCACCCCUCACCCCUGUAAACAAAUCUUCUGAUUACUUUGACACUGUGGAACCGAGUGGGAGAGAGAGAGAGAGAGAGAGACAGAGAGAAAGAGCGUGAAAAAGAGAUCAGCCUCCCGCAGGCUACUUGCUUUCCAGGGGUUGGAUGUGAAGAGAUUGCUGGACCCUCAGUGCCAUCGGAGGAGAGCACACGCACACACACGCGAGCGCACACACAGACUCAGAAAGCACACGCACGCCCGGGGCUACACUCACACGCCCUCCACCAGCGCACACCACCCGACUUGGCGUCCCUAUGCCCCUGGAUGGCAUCUUGGGAGCGAUGCGAGAGCGAUAAGGCUGGCGCCGGCCCGAGGAAACUGCAGGGACAUCGUUAGGUGUUGCCGCCACCGGGGAGCCGGACUGCAGGAUGAAUAAGAGAUACUUACAGAAAGCAACAAAAGGAAAACUGCUAAUAAUAAUAUUUAUUGUCACCUUGUGGGGAAAAGUUGUAUCCAGUGCAAACCAUCAUAAAGCUCACCAUGUUAAAACGGGAACUUGCGAGGUGGUGGCGCUCCACAGAUGCUGUAAUAAGAACAAAAUAGAAGAGCGAUCACAAACAGUCAAGUGCUCCUGUUUCCCAGGGCAGGUGGCCGGCACGACGCGAGCUGCUCCAUCUUGUGUGGAUGCUUCCAUAGUGGAACAGAAAUGGUGGUGUCAUAUGCAGCCAUGUUUGGAGGGAGAAGAAUGUAAAGUCCUUCCAGACCGGAAAGGAUGGAGUUGUUCUUCUGGGAAUAAAGUGAAAACAACUAGGGCAAACGUGUAAAACUCUUCAAGUUGGAAUGGAGAAGUAGAAAGCGAAAGCUUCUGCUGUGCCUGAUGACAAUUUUUGAUUUUCCACAUUGAAAAGUAUUCAGGCUCCACGUUGGAGCACUAGUUGUGGCGAAUCCUCUAGAGUUGGUCGGAUUCUAAGGAAGGGGCAGAAGUUCCCUUAAGAAGUACAGAUUCAAAACACCUCCAGAAAUGAGUUCCUGUCUUGGUUUAUUUCUCCCAGAGCAGCAGGUAACCCAUUAAGUAAGGAUAAGUCUGAUGAUUGCCCCAGGCUGAUGACAAUGAACUUAUGUAUAGACACUUGAAUCCUGAGGUGAUCUUGAAGAAGAUUUUUAUACUGCUCAGAAAAGACAAUCCAGAGUCUAUUUCCAAGAGAUACUAUGGCUUGUUAUCAGUCUCUUCCUGAAUAGAAGACUUUAAAACUUUCAGACAUGAACUUCUAUGUCAUAAAGACUUCAUGGGGUUUGAACUCUGCUCAACUUGUGACAUUGCUGAAGGAACUUGCAGCUGCUGUCAGCAGAGCUGGUAGAGUGUUGGCAUUUUCAGGUUGACUUCAGAGACAAUCACUCCUUGGAUUCCUGGCUCCAACCGUGACUGCUUUCCUUGUGUCUGAGAGCUUUCUCCCAAGUGCGCUGUCCUUCUGUCAUGGAUGUGUUCCUGGGUCCUUCGUGCAUUGGCUAGUGGACUGUACACAGCUUUGAUGACAUUUGCUUUGCAAACAUCUUCUCUGGCAUGAUGUACACCGAGACUCUUUUAUUGGCAUAUCAUAAUCUUGGAGCUCUGAAAGCCUACAUUUCAACAUCUUACAGUUGCUUUUGUUAAAGGAAUGGAAAUAUAUAUCCAUUUAUACUAAUUAUUGUUGGCAAGUAGUAGUAAUCCAAAUACAUCAAUCAUGUAAGAAUGUAUAGACAAGUUGACAUGUUUCCCCAAGGAUAACACACCACGAGUUCAGCUUUCUGUAAGUUAAAUAAAUAGUAGUAAGAUCUGGAUUGCCAUUUUCAUUAUAGAAUACUUUGCACCUCUCAAACCACUCUCCUAUCUUUUCAGUGUUUUCUUUUUUUUUUAAGUGGGCUUUUUCUUAAUUUGUUCUACUGUUUACUUUCACCCUUCUCAGAAAUCAGCAGUGAGCCAUUAAGGUAGUGGGUAGUAUUUGGUUUCAGAAAAUUGCCAGGGAUGCAUAUGAGCUUCUGAUUUCUUAGCUUGGACAUUAUUCAUUUAGAUUAUUUCUAGUAAUUAUUUUAAAAUAUCAUUUUUCCCUGUCAUUUUAAGAAUCUGUCUCUUGCUUGAUCCCAAUUACUGUUUGAAUGCUUACAGAUUUGUUUGUUUGGUCUGUUGACGGAAUACAUUGUUCAUUUGCUUUGGUCUCAAAGUUAUAAAUAUUUGCUUAUUGUUAUAUCCAAACAAUUUCACAGGCCAGUAUUUUGUCCAUCUUUACAUAGCUAUUUUACCAUCAGUGAUUUUUAGUUCUAAAAGAUCAUCUUAUAAAUAUUUAAAGGCCUUAAACAUUUGUGUACUUAUUUCUAAGUUAUUACAGAAUGUAUAAUUUUAUACUACAUUGAUUUUGCUUCAUUUGUGAAGUGGAGGGAGGAACAAUGGAAACUGCAUAGCCAUUCUGUAUUAAUAUUAUGUAAAACCAUUCUUUGAAGGAAUGUAAAGAGAGGAAUUUCUGUGUCUUAUGUGCUUCAGAUUAAUCAAAAGAUGCUUCAUAAAUAGUCCUAUCAGGAGUCUCACUAUGUUAGAAAAGGUGUGAAAUUCUUUUUAUUGUUAAAAGUUCUGGCAUGUCCAGUUAAGUGUACAUUGGUUUCUAUGAUCAAGGCUCAUAUGUCCUGGUAUGUUUGAGUCUGUCACUUUGUACGAAUAUUCAGAGACCAAUAUAUUAACAAGACUCUACUGGAAAGAACUAACACUGUAAAUUUGACUAAAAAUUAAAUUUGGAAAGUAUGUUUUUGACAUUGAACCGAAGUCUACUGAAACACAAAUACAUAGAAUGAAAUGACUUCCUGUUUCCAUUUUGUGCAUAAAAUCAAUUAUAUGACUCUAAGUGGGUUUUGCAGGCUACUACAUGAAAUCAACGAUAUACGAAAUCAUAAAGAAAGGAAUAGUGAUGCUGGAGUUUCUGAAUCAAUUAGAAUAUCAUUAAUUCCUUUAGAACAAAGUAGAAAACUAUAUAUUGUUUUGGGACUUAUGGAUUUGUCCUGAGUUUGUUAAAAUUAUAGAUCAUGCUUCUCAUUAAAAAAAAACGUCUUUAAAACAACGCUGGAAAUUCUGUAUUAUAUACAAAUGUAAUACAUGCGUAUCUAGAAAAAAAUAAAUGGAAUUUAAAAUAUACUAACUAGAUUAUCCCCAGUAUAUCCAUGUUGUAACUAUUCAGAAAAGGUGAAUAAAAUUGGGAUACAAAAUGAA